CAUCCCACAAUGGAGCUCAUCCACAAAUACAAUGCUGCGCUCUACGACGCUCUAAAGAAGGAAAAUUCUGACGAGGUGGUUAAACUCUGUCAAGACGGUGAAAAGUAUCCAGAUGGUCCAUUGCACAUCCUAACCAUACACGGUGACACUGUCCUCCAUAUGGCCGCAUACACAGUGCAAUCCUACUUAGUAACUGAGUUGCUAGACCUGUUGGCUAAUCGUAGUAGCUACAAUCUGACGGUUCAAAAUGCAGUUGGAAACACAAUCCUCCACGAGGCAGCGGCCUUUGACGAAUUACUCCCAGCUGCCAAGAAAAUGCUAGAAAUGAAUUCCUUCUUGUUACUUAUGACGAACAAAUCUGAAGAGACGGCUCUUUUCCGUGCAGCCAAAUUCGGACAAUAUCAGAUGUUCACAUUUCUUGAUAAGGAAAGUUUGGAAACUAGAGCUGAAAUAAAUGCAGAAGAUUUCAACCAAUUUUAUCAGAAGAAGGACAACAGCACUAUACUUCACGCUGCUGUUAUCUCAGGGCAAUUUGAAGUGGCCCUUAAAAUUGCGAAAAGGUUCGAAUAUUUAGUUUGUGAAAAAGACGAAAAUGGGAUGACUGCUCUUCAACAUCUUGCACGACAUUCAUGGGCAUUUCAAGUCAGAAAAGCAGGAUACCUCAAGGGUUUUAUCUAUAAGUGUACUGGUGUCUCAGAAGAUCGUUCUAUAGUACCUGAAAGCGAAGAUCCAAGGGGUUGGAGAGUGCCUUUGUGGGAAGAAAUGAAGGAGGAAAUGCAAACAUAUGUUUCUGCUAAGGAACUUGCAAAAUUCUUAGUUAUGAAAGAUACUGAAUCAUGGACGGACACUAAACCUUUGGAAGGAAUUAUAGUGAAUACUGAGCCGAAGAAAAGAAAUCCGGAAAUACCAUUGUUAAUGGCAACUAAGGCAGGUUGUGAGGAUAUUGUUGAGGAAAUUCUGAAGUUGUACCCUCAGGCAGUUGAGCAUAUUGAUGACAAGGGGCGCACCAUUUUACAUAUAGCGAUCAUGUACCGUCAAUUAGAGAUCUUUGAAAAGGUGGAGAAAAUGGCAAUUCUAUUUAAGAAGCUGAUACAAAAGACUGACUAUGAGGGGAAUUCCAUUCUGCACAUGGUUGGUAAGAAGACUGAAUUCAAGAAUGAACAGAGAAAAAAAACGACAAAAAAGGUCAAGAAUUCGGAUCCCAAUAAGGGCGAAGACAAUAAAAAAGAUCACACACUCAAAGAGACCAAUCAAAACCUUGUUGUCCAAUUGCAAGAUGAUUUGCUUUUAUUUGAGCGAGUAAAGAGACACUGCUCAGAGCUUUUCUACAACAAUGUCAACUCGAAAGGGCAAACAGCUGAACAAGUAUUUGUUUUGAAGACUGAAGAUCUUCACACGGAGGCUAAAGAAUGGUUAAAGCGUACAUCAGAAAACAGCUCCCUUGUUGCUGUGCUCAUUGCCACUGUUGCCUUUGCGGCUGCCUACACAGUACCCGGAGGUUCAGAUGAUAAAACAGGCGUUCCAAUACUUCUUAACAAUCCUUUGUUUAUCAUCUUUACCGUCACCGAUGUCCUCUCUCUUACGUGCACUUUUACUUCAUUAGUUAUAUUUUUGUCAAUCCUCACUUCGACUUUUCGUUUAAGAGACUUUAAGCACUCUCUUCCACAGAAGCUAAUGUUAGGAUUCACAUUUUUGCUCCUAUCGGUAGCAAUGAUGAUGUUGUCAUUUGCUGCUACCGUCGCCCUUAUGAUACGUAAUAAGGAACGGUGGACAAAAAUUGCCCUGUACACCGUCGCCUUCCUUCCGGUCACUAUCUUUGUUUUGUCAUACAUGCCUCUCUAUCUACCCUCCUUGAAAACUUUCAAGUACAUCAUCGAGAUAAUAAAACCUUAUUUCCCUCACUACACUGGUUCUAUUAAAUCUGAAAACGAAACCAAGUUUUGGAAGUUUAUUGGUAAAUCCAAAACCAAAUUUAGGAGUUUUACCAUUAAAUCCAGAUCCAAAUUUUGGAGGUUUUUUGGAAAAUCCAAAGCAGAAGUCCCCCACCCCGACUCUCUCGUUUGAAAAGCUUAGUCCUCUCGGUAUCUUCUGAACAUCUUGCCAAUCUUCAUCUUUUCAGAAAUUGUGAGCUUGCUUUCUUGAUUAUUAUUGUUGGAAUGAUUACUAGUACUGCGUGCAUGUUUUAUGUCUCAAGAUUUUAAAUAUUGUCGCAAAUAAUUUCUUUUAAUUACAGUGUUGAGUGUUCGUAGCUUGCAUGAUCGAUUUUAGAAUUUUCAUUUUGUACACUUUGAUAUCAUAAAAAUAAUGGUC